AUGGCUACUAUCUACAAGACGGGCGAGGAUGCUCGACUAGCGUGCCGCUCCGGUACCUUCACCUCAACCACAGCCGGUCAAGCCCCGACGUAUCUCCAAGCGAACCUCAUCGUUCUUCCACGACGCUACGCCGAUGACUUCCGUCUUCUCUGCCACCGCAACCCAGUACCUUGCCCCCUCCUAGCAGAGUCAUCAAGUCCAGGAGACUUCGAUAAGCUCAAGUCCUAUGUCAGAUCACCAGACGGCGAGAAGAUCCUACCCGUGGCCACAAACAUUGACCUACGCCACGACUCGCCACGAUACCGUGUCUAUGAGGAUAGCAAGCACGUCCCAGUCAACGGCGUUUGGGAACCAGUAAACGUGGAAGACAAGUGGCUUGACGGUGACCACGUAGGCUUCUUGAUAGGAUGCUCUUUCAGCUUCGAGAGGGCUCUCAACGAGUCUGGACUCACGCCGCGACACAUGACGCAUGACCGCAACGUGCCCAUGUAUCGUACCAACAUCCCACUCUGCGCGGCCGGUGUCUUCAAGGGGGCGACGUAUGUAGUCUCCAUGAGGCCGUACAAGGUGUCGGAGAUUGAGAAAGUGAGAGAUAUCACCAGGCCUUUUGUGGCGACACAUGGGGAGCCGAUCGCGUGGGGAUGGGAUGGGGCGGAGAGGAUCGGGGUAACGGAUAUCACGAAGCCUCACUGGGGCGAUCCAGCGCUGCAGAUGGACGGGAAAACUGUGUUCGGGCAUGACGAUGAGGAGUAUGUGCCCGUCUUCUGGGGGUGCGGGGUCACGCCACAAGAGGCUGUGAUGAGAGCCGAUAUCAAGGGUACGGUAAUGGGGCAUGCGCCUGGGCAUAUGGUCAUCAUGGAUGUAAGAGAAGAUGAAAUCUUUCCCGUCUCAUAG